CGCAGGUUGGUUUCCUGUUUUUGUGAUGGUAGAUGGUACUGAUCGUGUGUUUAUAAUAGUUCGUGUAUUUAUUAUAAUUAUAUGAUUUGAAGGAAUUUGUGAUUGUUUGGUGGAUACAUUUUUUAUGAAAUUAAAUAAUUUUUAGUUUGUGACUGAUGCAGUUGAAAGACACACCACCAACAUCUCCAUGUAGCAAUGAAACAAUGGAUUAUAAUGAACUGUUUGAAGAUGAAGUUGAGGAGGUUAUUGAUGGUGAAGCUGCAAGUAGCAAUAAUUACAUAGAAGCAAAUGAUGCAAGUGAUGAAGAUAUUGGCAUAGGCUUAGAAGGCAGUGAAAAUUCUGAAGGAAAUAACCCUGUGAGGGAUGAUUCAGCAUCUGUAUUUUCUCAUCAUAAAGGUUCUGUGUUUUGCUGCCAUUUACAGCCAAAGGCUGGCAGAUUGGCUGUGACUGGAGCAGAGGAUGAUAUGGCAUAUGUUUGGGAAACACAUUCAGGAGAAGUAGUGUUACAAUGCAAGGGCCACAAGGACUCUGUGACCUGUGUUAGAUUCAACUAUGAUGGGUCUUACGUUGCAACUGGAGACAUGAGUGGUGUCAUACAAGUAUGGAAAAUAGCUAACAAGUUACAAGUAUGGGAAACAUGUAUUGGCGACCUGACUUGGCUGAGGUGGCAUCACGGAGCAAAUGUCUUGCUAGCUGGAACUGAGUCGGGGGAGGUAUACGUGUGGAGAAUUCCAGGAGGAGAAUGCAAAGUGUUGCCUGGCCAUGGUGACAAAGCAGACUGUGGACUCAUGUUGCCUGAUGGCAAACGUAUGGCGAUAGGUUAUGCAGAUGGCUCACUUAAAAUAUUUGACACAAAGACUGCGACAGUAUUACACCACGUACCUCAAGGACAAGCUCACACUGGUACAAUUACUGACAUGGACUGCCAUCCUGAUAACAACUUGCUUAUCUCUAGUAGUGUGGAUGGACAUGCUGUUGUGCUCAAAACUCAAACUGGAAAGGACAUUGCAGACACACUGGAUAACGGAGGAAGGUUGGACGCGAUUAUAAUCGACUUUUCAAAGGCCUUCGAAUUAGUUCCUCCUGAUCGGCUGCUUACAAAAAUUGCGGCCUCGGGUGUGGACUCGAGAUUAGUCGUAUGGGACAACUGCCACCAGAUGACUCUGCUGAGUGAAUGGUUUGUUACAUACAUCACAGGAAAAUGGCCUUUCUCCACUGUGUGUACGCUGAUGUCUCUUCAGAUUACUCUGAUCAAUGAAUGA